AUGAGAUUGGUUUUGGUAAUUGGUGUAUUUGUUGUUGGUUUGGUGGCUGGUAAGCUAUGUUUUAGUAGAUUUUUUGGCUUUUUAACAAAUUUUUUAAAAAUUUUUAGUACUAUUUUGGUAAUAAAAGCUGCCUUUUUUGAUACAGUUUAGUAUCAUUAUGAUACUUUUUAGCCUUCCGGCCAUCCGGACAUCCACCACAUGGAUUCAGUGGACCACCGAGAGGAUCUCCACCACACAAACGUGGUGCAAGACAAGCUGGAUUCAGCCUACCAGCCGGCUUUUCUGGCCCACCACCAUUCCCAUUCAGUGGACCACCCCCACCAGGCUUCAGCCCACCACCAGGAUUCAGCGGACCUCCACCACCACAUAAGCGUGCCAAGCGUAGCGUUCCUGAAGGAGUUUCUGGACCAUUAAGACCAUCUGGAUCCCCACCACCAGGUUUACCAAGACCUUCUGGAUCUCCACCACACAGACGUGGUGCUAGACAAGCUGGAUUCAGUGCUCCACCAGGUGUUUCUGGACUUCCACCUCAUCAUCAUUUUAGUGGACCACCAAGAGGAUCUCCACCACCAGGCUUCUCUGGACCUCCACCACACAAGCGUGGGGCUAGACAAGCUGGAUUCAGUGUUCCACCAGGCUUUUCUGGCCCACCACACCACCGAUUCAGUGGACCACCACGCUUUACCAAAAGCCAUUAG